AUGCUGUCUUCAAGCCCUACUUCCUGCACGUCUCCCAACCCUGACAGGGAGAACCCAAGUAAGAAGGUCCACUGGACUUCUGGGAGGACGAGGACGUCAUCCACAGACUCAGAGUCAAAGCCCCACUCCGACCCCUCCAAAGUAGCCAGGUCCCGGAGACCCAGCCGACUGACGGUGAAGUACGACCGGGGACAGCUGCAGCGCUGGCUGGACAUGGAGCAGUGGGUGGAUGGGCAAGUUCAGGAGCUCUUCCAGCUCAAGAUCAACCAACUCCUUCUGAGCCCGAGAUUGACCUGGAGGUUCUCAUGGAACUAUCCACAGAGGAACAGAAGACUCAUUUGGAGGCUAUUCUCCAAAACUGCCCCCGUCCCACAGAGCCUUUUAUCUCUGAGCUGCUCAGUCAACUCAAGAAACUCCGGAGACUCAGUCGGCCUCAGAAAUAAGCCUGUGAGAAUACCUUCAGCAGCCUCAGCACUGCCAGGACUGCCCUGA